GAGUUUACAUCGUUAGAUCGUUGAUAGAUUACCGGUGUAACGUGAUCGUUCGCGGUUUCCGAUACUUCUCUUCCUCCAGGAACGGACAGACCAUCGAAUUAUAAACGUUUCUCGAAAAAUCCAAGCAAGGUCUUCCGCCAUGGCAGAGUCGUUGGAACAGAUGCCGAAGUCGGAGACGAUUAGGCUUCGAGAGCGGCAUAUCGGGCAGGCAUGCCAAUUGUUCUACAAAUCGAACCCCCUCAAGAUCGUCCGGGCGGAGGGCCAGUACAUGUACGACGAGAGGGGCAAUCGUUACUUGGAUUGCAUCAACAACGUUGCUCAUGUCGGUCACUGUCAUCCGACGGUGGUGCGGGCCGGUCAAGAACAAAUGGCUCUGCUCUCGACGAACAACCGUUUCCUGCACGACGAUCUGGUGAUUUGCGCGCGUCGAUUGACGUCGCUCCUUCCGGAACCGUUGUCCGUGUGCUUCCUGGUGAACUCCGGCAGCGAGGCCAAUGAUCUCGCCCUCCGUCUCGCUCAGACGCACACCAAAAACAAGGACAUCAUCACUCUCGAUCAUGCGUAUCACGGCCAUUUGACCUCGAUGAUCGAUAUAUCGCCGUACAAGUUCAACAAGCCGAACAGCCCUGGCAAGAAGGAUUGGGUUCACGUGGCGCCCUGUCCAGACGUCUAUCGGGGAAAGUACCGGGAGACCGAUUAUCCUGGCGAGGAUCUUGGCGUGAUGUAUGCGAACGACGUGAGAUACAUCUGCCAGAAUCUAAAAUCUCAAGGGAAAGGCGUUUGCGCGUACAUCGCGGAGAGCUUGAUGUCCGUCGGUGGACAAAUUCUGCCACCGGAGAAUUACUUCAGGAACGUGUACAGACACGUUCGCGAGCAUGGCGGUGUUUGCAUCGCGGACGAAGUCCAAGUCGGUUUCGGUAGAGUCGGCAGCCACGUUUGGGCCUUCCAAUUAUACGGCGAGGACGUUGUACCGGAUAUCGUCACCAUUGGGAAACCCAUGGGUAAUGGUCACCCCGUGGCCGCUGUUAUUACGACCCCUGCGAUCGCAGGAAGCUUUAAGGACACUGGUAUCGAGUACUUCAAUACGUACGGUGGAAACCCCGUGUCCUGCGCCAUAGCGAACGCCGUGAUGGAGGUGAUGGAACGGGAGAAUCUCCAAGAGAACGCGCUCAAAGUCGGAAUGUACCUGAUGUCCGAACUACGGAAGCUCGCGAAACGAUGGAAAAUCAUCGGGGACGUGCGCGGCGUUGGAUUGUUCGUCGGGAUCGAGCUGGUACGUGACAGGAUCACGAGGAUACCGGCGACUGCGGAGGCGAAAUACGUUGUCUCGCGAAUGAAGGACAAGAAGGUUCUAAUCAGCAGCGACGGGCCGGACGACAAUAUCCUGAAGCUGAAACCGCCGAUGGUGUUCACGAUCGAGAAUGUGAAUCACUUGGCCUCCGUUCUCAACGAGGUCCUCCAGGAGGUUGAAAUCGAAGUCGAACAGAAAUACGAGCCGGUGACGACAAUCAUAAAAGCGACAAUUUCGCAAAUGGACGUCGAUACGGACAGCGGCAGUCGUACAGCUGGGAAACCGCUUCUCGUUCGAGCUAAUUAAUAUUUAACAGAGAAUAUAUUUAUAAAAGCACUCGCGGUGCGAUAUAAUUUAAAGUAUUAUUAUUCGUGAAAUGAAUGCCUAUCGUUAUACGAUUCGUUGUAUGUAUGCCCAUUGGAAUAAGAGGAACAUUGUAUGUACAUAAAAAGUAAAUCGAUUGAUUCGAUAAAAGAGAUCAUGUAAUUAAAAUUGACGCUUAUAAGUAGUUUAAUAGAAGAUGAGAGUAUGACGAAUGUGAAAUAUAUUUUAAUAAAUACUAUUUUUCUUUUUA